UGUGGCUUUUUGGUCUUUUUGUAUGUUGUUCAUAAUUUGCCCCAGUUGCGCCUGCAUGUAGUCAAAUUUUUAGUCCCUUAUAGUUUCUUUGUAUUUUUUUGCUCGAGGAGACAUUUGUCCGCCUGCAGGCACUGCAGCAAAAGGUCCCAGGUCCCAGCCUGUCUCAACUCUAUUGGGUAGCUGUCAGGGUUGUUAGCCAGUAUGCCUUUCCCCCCAUCCGCCGGGAACCUAACACACCUCCACCCCAUUCUCCCAGACCACAACACUGUUGCCCAAUCACCGAUUAUGUGACCUUUUCCCUAAUAGAUAGUUGGCGCCCUCUUGCUUGUUUCAGUAUACUUCUAUCAGACACUGCAUACAAUCAGUAUAAUGACAAUGUGGAGUGUGAAUUGAUGGUUGAUGGAGAGAUUAGAGGCGGAGGCCAGGUAAGAAGAGUCAUGGUUCUGGAAGGAAAUAGAUGCACACUCAACUUUGAAACUGAAUAGGCUGUUUCAUAAAGGGGCUAUUUACAGAGGUGUGGCCACGUUUAAAGGAACCAUGACUAUCCCUUGGCUGAAAGUUCUGCUGGAGCUAAAGAAGAAGGGCUGCCUGCAGAAGCUUGGUCAUAGAGGGUCACAGCCAUUGUCAGAAUACCACCAAAGCAAGGAAGGAGUAGUGAGGAAAUACCCUAGCCUCUUUCUCCUCCCAUCCUCCCACUUCCUGUCGGAGCAUUGGCUGAACCCAACCACAAGGAAGGCAGAAGACUUGGGUGCUAUAGGCUAUAGAGGUCAGCUAUCCAGAGUCCAGGGCAGGGAAAAGAAGGGCCAAGAAUGGAUUUAGAGGAUAAUCAGAAAGUAAUCAGCCCAAGAAGAAAUAUUCCAAACGAUGUGUCCCUGAAUUAGACCUUGGUAGUUGAGCUUGUGAAGAAGGGACAGGUUCCGGCCUAUGCUGUUUUUCUUGUGCUUUCCUGCCUUGCACACCUGUUCUCUCUCCCCACUGUGCCUCCUCCUCCCUUGUCUUACCCUUCCUUCAAGGCUCAACCCAUAUCUUGCUGCCUUCCUCAAAUCUUUCCUGAUGACCUAUUUCAUUGAUUAUGCUCUUAUCUUAAUCCUCGUGAUAAUACCUAUACUGGUCAUUAAGCACUUGGCCUUUUUACCUUCAUUGUUCUAUAUUUUAUUAGAUAUAAGUCCUGAUCUUUGAACUAAAUAGAAAGUUCCAAGAAGGAGUGAAGGAUGAAGCUCUACAUAUAGUAGCUGCUUGAUAAACCUUUACCAAAGAUUAAAAGGAAUUCCAUGAAGACACCAGUAGCUGAAAUAAUGGUGUUUGAUUUCACGGAGUAAAUUCUCAUUGAGAAGAACCCUACAGAUAUCCAAAAAUGAUUGAGAUUGAACAGGCAGAGGCCCAGCUCUCUGAGUUAGACCUGCUAGCCAGUAUGUUCCCCGGUGUGAAUGAGCUCAUAGUGAAUGACCAGCUGGCUUUAGCAGAACUAAAAGAUUGUAUUGAAAAGAGGACAAUGGAAGGACGAUCUUCAAAAGUUUACUUUACUAUCACUAUGAACCUGGACAUAUCUGAGGAAGCAGUGGUGAUGUUUUCUCUGGCCUGUGUUCUUCCCUUUAAAUACCCUGCAGUUCUGCCUGAAAUUACUGUCAGAUCAGUAUUAUUAAGUAGAUCCCAGCAGGCACAGCUGAAUACAGAUCUGACCACAUACCUACAAAAGAAUUGUCUUGGAGAUGUCUGUAUAUUGAAUGCCACAGAGUGGGUUAGAGAACACGCUUCUGACUAUGUCAGCAAAGACAACACACCUUCCCCUGUUCCAGGAAGUACAGUCCAGCCAGUUGACCUCAUUCUCACAAGACUCUGGAUCUACAGCCAUCACAUCUACAACAAAUGCAAAAGAAAGAACAUUCUAGAGUGGGCAAAGGAGCUUUCCCUAUCUGGGUUUAGCAUGCCUGGGAAACCUGGUAUUGUUUGUGUGGAAGGCCCACAAAGUGCCUGUGAAGAAUUCUGGUCAAGACUCAGAAAAUUAAACUGGAAGAGAAUUUUAAUUCGCCAUCGAGAAGACAUUGCUUUUGAUGGUACAAAUGAGGAAAUGGAAAGACAAAGAAAAUUUUCAGUUUUUGAAGAAAAAGUAUUCAGUGUUAAUGGAGCCAGAGGAAACCACAUGGACUUUGGUCAACUGUAUCAGUUUUUAAAUGCCAAAGGAUGUGGGGAUGUUUUCCAGAUGCUCUUUGGUGUGGAAGGACAAGGAGCAGAAGAGUAGUUGAAAGUGUUUUGCUACUGUUGGUCUUUUGACUUUCUCCCCGACUCUUUCUUGAAAGAUUAAGUAAUUUCCCUUUAGUCCCAUUCUAAAAUGUUAAGGGGGAGAAAAAGAGGAAAAGUAGUAUAGCUGAAAUGCAUCUGUUAAAAAUAUUCAUGAUUGAAUGCGGAACUGA